AUGUCCGAUCGUGGACGCUCUCCAACUCCCUCCGGGGGAUCAGCUGGAUCUCGCCGCCCGUCUCAGGGCCCACAGAGCUCAGCUCCCGGAAGUCGCACCGGAUCGCCUUCGAGGCCAGGUCCAGGCUCUGGAUGGGUUGCUGGUCCUGGCUAUGACCCUGCCAAACCUGCGGGACAGCCAGACAAGGGAAACACCAGAAUGGAACUUCCCCCAGAUGCCUAUGUCACCGACGCCCAGAAAGACAUGUUUGCCGCGAGAGGUAAUAGGUUCAAUACUGAGGGCAGCAAUGCUGUCGUCGAAGUGAACCAGUAUCGAAUGAGGAAGUUUAACUUCUCCAAAAACAUCUAUCAGUACGAUGUGGUCAUCUCUCCGGACACUGAACGGAAGGCAGCAUUGAUGAAAAAAAUCUGGACAAACUCAGCCACCAAAGCCGCGCUUCAAAAGUAUUCAUAUGAGAUGUGGAUCUUUGACGGGCGAAAGCUUGCCUGGGCUCCUGGCAAGGUUGAUCGUGGCGAACUUCGCUUCACAGUCGACUUGGACGAAGGAAAGCGACCUCAAGGUGCACCGGUGCGCGAUGGCGCUCGAUUUCAUGUUACCCUGCGAGCCACCACGGAAGUGCAGGUCAGUGCGAUCCGCGGAUAUCUUGACCACAAAGUGCAGUUCAACUCCGGCGUCCAAGUCGCUUUGAACUUUUUGGAUCACCUGCUCCGCCAGUGGCCGUCUCAACAUAUGACGGCCAUCAAAAGGAACUUCUACAGUGAUACGGCACAAGGCAGGCCACUUUUGGAUGGCCACGUCCUUGAGGUGCACAAGGGCAUAUAUGCAUCUAUUCGCCUCAGCCACAACAUUGCUCAGGGUGGAACAGGCCUCGCUCUGAAUGUUGACAUUGCCAACACAGUUUUCUGGACUGGACCACAGCCAGUAGAUCAACUCAUGUGUAAUUACUUGGGUAUUUGUGAUCGAAGAUGGAAAGGCUUAAAUCCGUCGACUAUCAGUCAGCACCUUCGGCCUGUGCGAGAUAACAAAGGCAGAGUGCAGUCUUCGGAGGCUUUCAAGAACCUCCGGAAGAUGAGAAAGCUGAAAUUCACUAUCAAGCACCCAAACAGGCCCAAAGAAUUAAGUGAAAAAGUUCAUACCAUCAUGGACUUUUCUUUUGAUGAAAAAUAUGGCCCUGAAGGUGCUACGGCCAAAACUGUCACGUUCGAAUACAAUGGGUCUCAAAUCUCUGUUGCCGACUACUAUAAACAAAAGUACAAGGCACAUCUCAAAUAUCCCAGCCUGCCCCUUAUUUUUGCUGGCAAAGCAGGGCACAUCCCCAUGGAAUUUGCUCACAUUGAGUCGAUGCAACGGUAUGCGUUUAAGCUUACCCCAGAUCAAACGGCAGCAAUGAUCAAAAUUGCCGUUACGCGUCCUCAACAGCGACGGGGGGACAUUGAAAAAAAUUACCAGGGUCUUCAACUCACGGCUGACCCGUACUUGAAAAUGUACGGUGUCGAAUUUGAGCCGACGUUCACCAAGACGGACGCCAAGAUUCUGCCAGCCCCUCAAGUAAACUUUGGUCAAGGCAAUGCAGACCCUAAGUUCGCUGGCCGGUGGGAUCUUCGCGGCAAGAAGUUCUGGAAACAGAAUAUCGCGCCUCUGCAGAACUGGGGUUUCAUCGUUAUGGAUAAUUGUGCUAAUUUUGGGCAAUUGCAAGCUUUUGCCAAAAUGUUCCGAAGCACAUUCCUUGGGCAUGGGGGCAAAUGCCCUGUUGAUGCAGUCUUGUUGAACGUUCCCGGCAACAUCAAAAACGACAUCGCUCAAGCUAUGGCUUGGGCACAUGGUGAAAUUUGCAAGCAGAGAGGAUACACACAGUUGCUCUUCGUGGUUGUUGGGCACAAGAACAGCCCUCAUUACGAACGACUCAAAAAGUCCGCAGACUGCAGAUUUGGUAUACUUUCGCAAGUCGUCAAUGGUGCCGCUGUUGUGAGCAACAAUGGUCAGUACCACUCCAAUGUGUGUAUGAAGGUCAACGCAAAGCUUGGAGGUACGACGUCUCGUACUCUUGCACCGUGGAAGAGCCAGCCAACAUACUUCCCCAAGGAUCGUCCAACCAUGAUUAUCGGUGUUGAUAUCUCGCAUGGUGCACCUGGAGGUGGAUUGCCAUCAACAGGUGCGAUGACCAUGUCUGUUGACCGUGAUGCCAACAGAUAUGCCGCCAUGGUCGAAUCGAAUGGCUAUCGCGUUGAGAUGUUGACGUCCCGAAAUGUUCACUUCAUGUUCGGGCAGUUGUCUAAAUAUUGGAUGGCUGGUCACGAUGGUGCUUUCCCGAAGCACAUUAUCUACUUCCGAGAUGGGGUUGCCGAAGGUCAGUUUGCCCAGGUCCUCGAUCAAGAGAUUCGAGAGAUCAAGCUGUAUCUUCGGGAGAAGGCACCCAAUGCUCCAUUACCCAAGUUCACGGUGAUUGUAGCUACCAAGAGACACCACAUUCGCUUUUUUCCCCAGAGAGGCGAUAGAAAUGGCAAUGCGCUCCCUGGCACCUUGGUGGAGCGUGAGGUCACGCAUCCCUUCAUGUGGGAUUUUUAUCUCUGCUCUCAUGUUGCCAUUCAAGGUACCGCCCGGCCGGUUCAUUACCAUGUCAUACUCGAUGAAAUGGGUGUUCCGGUGAAUGACCUACAAAAGAUGAUUUACCACCAGUGUUACUCUUACGCUAGAUCAACAACACCAGUGUCGCUGCACCCUGCGGUGUAUUAUGCCCAUCUGGCUUGCGCCCGAGCACGAGCGCACGAGAACAUUGCAACUAGCGAAGGCUUUAGGGCUGGUGCCAAGGGACAUGAGAUGAUUCGCGAUCAAGUUGCAAAGGGUCAGACGCUGGGAGGCCCGCCACGAGGAACGGAUGCGCCGCCUUUGCUCCAGCUUGGAGGAAAGCCAGGGGGAGACAAGCCUCCAGCUGACGGCGAACUUCGGCAAAGGGACUUCUUUAGAAGCACCAUGUGGUACAUCUAA